AUGGCAAUGCUAGGCAAACAAGCUUGGCGAUUCUUGUCUAAUCCACGCAGCUUGGUAGCUCGUUUGUAUAAGGCCAGGUAUUUUUCGAAAACCUCAUUCAUUGAGGCUUCUGUUGGGAGUUGCCCCAGCUUUUGUUGGCGGAGCAUAAUGGCUGCACAAGAUUUGGUUUGUUCUGGUGCUAGGAGGAGAAUAGGAAAUGGCAGGUCCACACUCAUUUGGGGUCACCCGUGGCUCCAGGAUGAUACUGGCCCAAUGAUUCAGAUUGAGAUGCCCAAGGAGCUUAAUGGUUCAAUGGUUUCAGGAUUAAUUGAUCCCUCCACUAAUAUGUGGGAUCAGGAAAUUCUGCAAGAUCUGUUUGACCCGGCUGACGUUGUAUGUAUUCAGAGUGUCCUGGUGAGCCCGGAUUAUGAGGAUUCAUGGUUUUGGGCCGGGGACCCCAGGGGAUGUUAUACGGUUAAGGAGGGUUAUAGGUGCAUUAGAGGCGAGUUUAGCACUCACCCGGGGUCUUUUGAUAAGUGGCAAUCUUUGUGGAAAAUUAAAGCACCUCCCAAGUGGAAGUUUCUCCUAUGGAGAGCUCUUACUGAUGUCCUCCCCAUCACCCCAAACUUGAUUAUAAAGAGGGUGGAAGUAGACCCAACAUGCCCUAUGUGUGGUCUUGAACAUGAGAGUCUAAUGCAUACAUUUAUUUGGUGUGAUUUUUCAAAGAUGGUUUGGCAUGAGUCAUUCAUUCCAACUUCUAGUUUGUUGGGUGACUCUUUUGACAUGUGGCUCACUAAUGUUAUGACUACUCUUACGGCUGAUCAGCUCCUUACAGCAGUGGCGGUACUGUAUUUCAUCUGGCGUGCACGUAACAAGGCGGUUUGGGAUCACUGCAUGCCGACGGCGCGAACCACUUGGAGGAUGGCAUUGUCGGCUGUUCACUCUUGGCGGCUGGUGCACACUCAACAGCUGCAUGCCCCCACGGCAGGAGCACAACAGGACGGCGUCACUGCUGCUACAGCACCUCACUUCGCCGACGACCAGCACACCUGCUUCUUCAAUGCCGGAUAUCUGCAAUCUUCAAGGAAAGCUACGGUGGGCGCGGUGCUCUACUCUCUAGGAGGCAUUUUCGCUGCGGCUUUCAACGGCCCCUUGCAGGACUGCUUCUCCCCGCUCAUGGCCGAAUCAAUGGCUUGUAAAGAGGUGCUUUCAUGGAUUAAAGAUCGAGGUGUGUCCACAGUAGCUCUUUACACGGAUUGUGUCAACUUACAACAUUUGCUUGCAUCGGAUCAUAGGUCUCUUUAUUCAUAUGUUGCUUACUCUGUUAAUGCCUCCAAGGCAAUAAUGUCAACUUUUACUACUUGCUCAGUGAGGAUGGUUUCUAGAUCUGCGAAUCUAGCCGCUCACUCGUUUGCUUCGUUAGCUUUUACUCAGGCUAGCGCUUUUUGCUGGGAUUCUAUCCCACCCGACUCUAUUGCACCUUUGAUUUAA